AUGUCGAGUACAUCUAAUUCAGUAGAACAUAAGUACAAGAAUGAGGAUUCGAACUCAGUAACUGAGUUCGUACCCUCUGCGGACCAAAGCUCAAUACAUAAAUAUGAAGGGUUCGAUGAUGCAACUGAUGAUAUUAAGGAGUUGGCAAGAACAAUGUCUAACAUAAGUAGACAAAGAACUAAUAAGACUAAAGAUAGCGAAGAUUUGAUUCGUUAUUUAUCACAUAUGUCUCAAGUACCAGGUGUUGAGCCGUACAAUAAUGAGAUUGAGGAGAGCUUAAAUCCGGAUAGCGAUAAUUUCAACGCUAAAUUUUGGGUCAAGAAUUUGAGAAAGUUGCACGACUCCGAUCCUAACUAUUACAAGCCAUCGUCUUUGGGAAUUGCUUAUAGAAACUUGAGGGCCUCUGGUGUUGCUGCAGACUCUGAUUAUCAGCCUACUGUAACUAACGCAUUAUACAAAUUAGGAGGCGAGGCAAUCAGAAACGCACAAAAGGAUGAUCCAUCUCGUUACUUUGAUAUCUUGAAGAGCAUGGACGCUAUCAUGAGACCCGGUGAAGUCACGGUUGUCUUAGGUAGACCAGGUUCCGGUUGU